AUGCUACUCCGUCCUCGAUUUAGACCAUUUACACCCCUCCGAGUUGUUCGAGCAGUUCCAGUCUCACGCCGCUAUGCGACAGAGGCGCGGUUAACCUCGGACCACGUUCGCAUCGUCGAAGUAGGCCCGCGAGAUGGAUUGCAGAACGAGAAGAAGACGAUACCCAUGGAGACCAAGUUGGAGCUUAUUAGGAAGCUGGCACGGACGGGCGUGACUACCAUUGAGGCUGGUUCUUUUGUGCCUGCGAAGUGGGUGCCACAGAUGGCUAGUACCGCAGAGAUCUGUGAGCAACUCCUUCAAUCGCCGCCAGAGUCGCAAACUGCGAUUGCAUACAACUACCUAGUUCCCAACGUCAAAGGGCUUGAGAACCUCGUUAGAGUCAUGGAAGCAAAUACAUCAAGCAUAUCACCCAAAUCUACUACCUCAACAGAAGUUUCCAUUUUCGCGGCAGCAACGGAAGCCUUUUCUAAGGCAAAUACGAAUUGCACGAUCGAGGAGUCAUUAGAGCGCUUCCGGCCGGUUGUUUCACUAGCAAAGAAUAAGAACAUCCGAGUCCGGGGGUAUGUGUCUGUUGCAUUGGGCUGUCCAUAUGAAGGACCCGAUACAUCGCCCACCAAGGUGGCUGAUAUUACCGCUUCGCUGCUUGAGAUGGGAGCUGACGAGGUGUCUGUUGCUGAUACCACGGGAAUGGGAACUGCACCUCGUACGGCGGAGCUCCUUCGCGCUCUCAAGGCUGCUGGAAUUGCGAAUAAUGACCUUGCGCUUCACUUCCAUGACACAUAUGGGCAGGCAUUGGUGAACACCAUUGUGGGCUUGGAGAAUGGGAUCCGGAUCUUCGAUAGCAGCGUUGGCGGUCUUGGUGGUUGUCCAUACUCCAAAGGCGCGACUGGAAAUGUGUCGACUGAGGAUCUGAUUCAUACCCUUCAUGGCCUUGGUAUGCAUACUGGUAUCAACCUUGAGGAAAUGUCGAAAAUCGGAUCUUGGAUUAGCGGGGAGCUGGGUCGCUUUAACGAGAGCCGGGCCGGCAAGGCGACGUUUGCACGGCUCCAGGAUUGA